AUGAUCAAUGAUAGACAGAAAGGCUUAUCAAAUGCCUUGUCCACUCUCUUUGAAGGUGCAGAGAUCAGAUUCUGCGUGAGGCAUUUACAUUCUAACUUCAAGAAGCAGUUCCCCGGUCUAUUGCUAAAACAAAAAUUAUGGGCAUGUGCGCAAGCAUCAACACCUGAAGAAUUCAAGAGAAAGAUGGCUGAACUGAAGGGUGUUAAUGAGAAGGCCUUUGAUUGGCUAAUGAAGAAAAGUUACUCUGAAUGGUCCAAAAGUCAUUUCAAGACCGAUGUUAAAUGCGACAUGCUAUUGAACAACCUCUGUGAAAGCUUCAACGCAGCAAUAUUGGAUGCAAGAGAGAAGCCCAUUAUCACUUUGCUCGAGAAAAUUAGGUAUUGGUUGAUGAAUAGGUACUAUGUGAAACGAGAGUGUAAGAAAAUGGGUGCAGCCUGUGGGGAAAAGGAUCAUGAAAUUGAGAAGGUCUGCAGUUGCAGACUUUUCCAACUCUCUGGGAUACCAUGUGGGCAUGCCUUAUCUGCCAUAUGGAGUGGUAAUCUCAAUAUCAUGGACUUCGUUGAUGUUUCUUAUAAGAAGGACACCCUUUUGGCUCAAUACAUUGGCAUCAUAGAACCAGUGCCCUCACUUGAUAAAUGGCCAGAUGUAGGCCAAAAUCCCAUAUACCCACCAUCAGAAAUUGUGUUGCCUGGGAGGCCAAAAAAACCUCAAAGGAGGGAAACAGAUGAGCCUCCACCAGCCAUUGCAACUAAAGAAAUUAGGGUAGGCCAUCCUAACCAUUGUAGCAAUUAUGGGUCAGUAGGGCACUCAAAGCGUUCUUGUAAGAAUCGAGCAAAGGAUCAGAAUGUUAAAGGAAAAAGAAUGGGAAGGCCACCGAAGACAAAUCCAACCCCAUCAACUGUGAAAAGAAACAUUAGAAGAGCUAAGCAACAGGCAAGGGAGGUUGCACAAGGUGGUUCAACCUCACAAACCCAACCACAACAAUCUCAGCAACAGUAA